GGAGUAAUAACGUUAACUAGCUCAGUCGUUUCUAUAGUUUACAUCAUUGGUCUACCCUACUAUUGGCAGAAAUCACCGAUACUCUCCUGUUUUCUAAUUGUACUAGGACACUGGUUGUUAAUAAUGGCAGCAAUUACUGACCCAGGUACACCUCCAAAGGGAAUUUUAAUCAUUGAAGCAGUAAGUGUUUGUAAAAAAUGUAUAGCACCGAAGUCACCUCGCACACAUCAUUGCUCGGUGUGUAACUGCUGCAUUCUCAAGAUGGAUCAUCACUGCCCUUGGCUCAACAACUGUGUGGGGAACUUUAACCACCGUUAUUUCUAUAUGUAUAUGGUAUAUAUGACAUUGGGGACAAUUUUCAUCAUAACACUUGGUUUUGAAAUAGCAUACAGUGAAAUAUGGCUAGGUGGAGAAAUGGGUGUAGGAUUAAGUGAUGCCCUGGAUUUGGUGACGAACGACAGUACCCCCCAGGAGCAGGAUGAGUUAGAAGGCUACCCAGUAAGGAUCAACGGCACUCACAUGAUGCCUGUGGUGCACAUUUCUGCCUUGGUGGACUGGCCACUUGGCAUGGAAGACUAAUAUCAAGAGGAGAGACCAGCAUUGAAGCUGACAUCAACCAAAGGGAGACUGAAAGAUUAGCAAAAAUCAACCAAGAACAUUGUAGGAGCAGAGAUCAUCAUAGAUCAUUGAUGGACCUAUGAACUGGAAAACAAAGUCUUCCUGAAAACCAACAAUGAUGAAAAGACAAUAAAAUGACCGCAGCAAUCUUCACCUGAUCACAUGAAGGUCGCUGCCUCAACAAAAGUCAACUAGAGGAAAGAACUGUAUGGUAUGCAUGUGUUUGUAUAGUCAAAUCUCCUUUAAGACAUAGAAAUGUGUCCCAUUGAAGCAUCUAACUUCAGGAAUAAUAGACCCUACUGCUUAACAAUUUUGUUAAAACCAAGGAUUACACUGACUAUUAAAGUCUAUAUAGUUGUCUGGGGGAUGAUGGUUCUCUUGGAACAUGCUGUGUUUUAGCAUCAUUGUAUUAAAUUGUAGAUGCAGUUCUGAGCCCACUGCAAGAAUGCAAACUUCUUCUCUUAUGCCUCGUAAAUC